AUGAUGGGAGGAUCGAAAUUCGAGGUCUCGAAAUUUGAUGGUCAUGGCAAUUUCAGAUUAUGGCAGACGAUGAUUGGCAAGAUCUGCAGGAACGGGCGGCCGAGACGAUUCAAGGUUAUAUGGGCUGAAGAGGAGGGGACCGAUUUAGGGCAACAUGUGAAUAUCUUCAAUCAGGUUGUCACGGAUUUGGCUUCACUCGAAGUCAAGAUUGAAGAUGAAGACAAGGCGAUGAUCUUACUGUGUUCGUUACCUCCUUCUUACGAACAUAUGGUGACUAUCCUUACAUAUGGGAAAGAAACGAUCAAGACUGAGGAGGUUACUUCUGCGUUGUUGGCUCACAACCAGCGGAAACAGAACUCUGGAGAGUCAUCUUCUCAAAGUGACAACUUAUAUGUGAAGGGUAACCAGGAUCGUGGAAAAAGAGAGAAUGAGGAAUCUGAUUGCAGUGAUGGAGAUGUGUUAUCUAUUUCGACUGCGCAGUAUGAUGAUGCUUGGAUUCUCGAUUCUGGAUGUUCAUAUCAUAUAACGCCUAACAGAGAGUGGUUUGCUACUUAUAAACCAGGUAACUCGGGUUCUGUUUUUCUUGGUGAUGAUAGAUGUUGCGGUAUUGUCGGUAUUGGGGAUGUCAAAAUCAAGAUAAAUGGUUUCAUUCCCAAGGCUGAUGAGGAUAGGGAAACCAUUAAGAUUGUGAAGGGUGCCUUGACUGUGAUGAAGGGGACGAUCACUACAGGGAACAUUUACAACCUGUUGGGAAGUACAGCUGUAGGUGGAGUCCAUGCGGUGGAGUCGGCAGUUCUUGAUAAGAAAGAGAGUUCGAGUUCUGCACCUGAUGAUGUUGACCAUGAUGUUUCUGGCCCAACUGAUGUGCCAGAGAGCUACAAGUUAGCUUGGGAUAGAGUGAGGCGUACCAAUAUACAAGCUCCGUCGUCAUCUUCGAAUGUCCUAAAGACACCAGCCAAGAAAGAUUUGAACACGACGUUGGACAAACAACAGGAACCAACUCACUCACGCUCGACCGAGCAGUCUACCGAUCAUACUUAUAGCCAAAUGGAGAAAUCCAUAGAUCAAAGUCAAGAAGAGACCGAAAGUCCGAAGGCAGUCGCCGCUUCAGAUCUACAACUUCUGCGUUUCAGCGACUGGGAAAGAAGAAAACUCAUCUUGAUCUUUGAGAAAAUAUUUUUUGAAGGGUUUUGCAUCCAAAAGGAAUCGAAGGAAGUCGUCGCUCUACAGAAGAAUGUGGCAAAACUUGUCAGACAAACAAACUGGCGACAUUUCGUGUCGGCGCCAUACAUCCCCUAA